ACAAUGACCUUAAACAUAUAAUACUAAGGAUAUCUAUAUCAUAGCUUUGUACUUGACCAUUUUGUGAAGGAACUCAAAUGAAAUUGAGUUUUGCAAAGCAGCAGCAGCAGCAGCAACCUCUAGAGUCAAAGGGGGCCUCCCCCAUUACACAUGGACAUAACUCUCUUUACUCCAAAACAAACACAAUACUCACACACCUUCUUCUUCCCUUCUUACCAUCAAACAAUAAGCGAUGAUCCAUCUUUAGCAGCAGCAGCAGCAGCAGUUUCUUUUGACGACAUGCAUAGCAACAACAACAACAACAACAACAACAAUCAUAACAGCAUCAAGAUCAACAGCAAUCAUCCUCAGAACACUAGCCACACAUCAACUAGCCGGUCAUCGGACUCCGGUGACCCUUAUGGUGGCUCGUCUGCAGCUAAUAACAAAUGGGCAUCAAAGCUUCUUAAAGAAUGUGCUAGAGCCAUCUCCGAUAAAGACUCAACAAAAAUCCAUCAGCUUUUGUGGAUGUUAAACGAGCUUGCUUCUCCUUAUGGUGAUUGUGAUCAGAAAUUGGCUUCUUAUUUCCUGCAAGCUUUGUUUUGUAAAGCAACUGAAUCGGGUCAACGAUGCUUCAAAACCCUAACCUCAGUUGCUGAAAAGAGCCAUUCUUUUGACUCGGCCAGAAAAUUGAUACUAAAAUUUCAGGAGGUAAGUCCUUGGACUACUUAUGGUCAUGUUUCUUCUAAUGGUGCAAUCUUGGAAGCUUUAGAAGGUGAAACAAAACUUCAUAUAAUUGAUAUCAGCAAUACCCUUUGCACUCAGUGGCCUACUCUGCUUGAAGCGUUAGCUACAAGAAAUGAUGAAACUCCUCGCUUAAAGCUCACUGUUGUUGUAACUGCUAGCAUCGUAAGAUCAGUCAUGAAGGAAAUAGGCCAAAGAAUGGAGAAGUUUGCUAGGUUAAUGGGUGUUCCUUUUGAGAUUAAUGUAAUAAGUGGGUUAAACAAUUUAUCACAACUCACUAGAGAAGGAUUAAAUGUUCAAGAAGAUGAAGCUAUCGCGAUUAAUUGUAUUGGAGCAUUGAGAUUAGUCGAUGUUGAAGAAAGAAGUGGAGUGAUUCGAAUAUUUCAAUCGCUUAACCCAAGAGUAGUGACAAUUGUUGAAGAAGAAGCUGAUUUUACUAGCUCAAGAUAUGACUUCGUCAAGUGUUUUGAAGAGUGCCUAAGGUUUUAUACACUAUAUUUUGAGAUGCUAGAAGAGAGCUUUGCCCCAACUAGUAAUGAGAGAUUGAUGUUAGAAAGGGAGUGCUCAAGAAGCAUAGUUAGGGUUUUGGCUUGCGAGGAAGAAAUUGGUGGUGGAGCUGGUGAGUGCGAGAGAAGGGAAAGAGGAUCCCAGUGGUCUGAGAGACUCCGCGAAGCCUUUACGCCGGUCGGAUUUAGUGAUGAUGUUGUUGAUGAUGUUAAGGCAUUGCUUAAAAGAUACAGGGCUGGUUGGUCACUUGUGCAACCUCAAGGAGAUGAACCAGGACUUUACUUGACAUGGAAAGAAGAACCAGUAGUAUGGGCUUCAGCAUGGAAACCCUAGCAAAAACAUUAAAAGAAAAAAGAGAAGAAGAAGAAGAAGGAGAAGAAGAAAACAAAAGAAAAAUGGUUAUGGCAAGUGGUAUGAUAGCAGUACCAUCUCUAUACGCUCAAGUCUCAGAGUAGUUUAUGAUGAUGAUCAUGGCAAUUUAUUCAGAAGGGAGGAGUUUAGAUUUGCUGCCAUGAAGAUAGAUUGAUCAUGAUGCAGUUUUUUAUUACUUUCAUUUCCAAAUGCUAUUCUCAUCAAAGAAGAAUAAUUCAUGCAUAUUUUGUAUUUUAUCUGAUGUCCAGGUACUUUUUAUUUCCUUUUUCUUCAUCUGCUUUAUGCUUGGGAGUUUGUGUUGCUUUUAAACUGCUUUCUUUAGAUCAUUGUAUUUGUUUGUUUGAAGGUGUUUGCACUUGUAUCUCCUUUUCUUCAGUGCCAUACCAAUCCCCAUUUCCCUUUUGGAUUGCUUGCUUAAGAUCUUUCUUCUCAACCCUUCUCUGGGGGAAUUCAUUUGUAACCAAAAUUAACUGCUACUGUGCUUGCUUCUAAAUUUGAAUAUCUUUAAUGAUGAUUUAUGUAUAUCCAUGUUGACAACUUUUUCUUCAUUUA